UGAAGCAGAGCGCAUCUGCUGACCCAAACUCAAACGUAUAGCAAGCUCUGGUGUCACUGACAUACUGCUUGGGGCAGCAUGAAGGCGCUUAUACUAACGAGCAUGCUGGUGCUGCUAUGGCUGGGGACAUGUUCAGCCAGGAGCUCUGAUCACGACUCACAUCUGAUAGCAGGAUCAUCACCUGGAAGGGACCUCAGCAGGUUCUUCAGCAACUAUUGGAAAGUGACGAGGGCCAGGAGAGCACUGCCUCCAGCUGAUGAACCAGACGACAGCCCAAUCCCAUCAGGGGCAGAUGAAUCAGACCUGCCAACUUGUCUGCUGUGUGUCUGUCUAACUGGCUCAGUGUACUGCGAGGAGGUCAGCCCAGACAUGACCUCUGUUCCCACCCUUCCUAAGGAGACAGCCUAUCUGUACGCCCGCUUCAACAAAAUCAAAAAGAUCAGGACCAAGGACUUUGCAGACAUUCUGACACUGAGGAGGAUUGACCUGACGGGGAACCUGAUCUCAGAGAUUGAAGAUGGAGCGUUCUCUAAGCUAACUUUAUUGGAGGAACUGUCACUUGCUGACAACAGGCUAGUCAAACUCCCGGCGCUCCCUGCCAAACUGAAAUCGUUCAACGCCAACAACAACCUCCUGAAGACCAAGGGUGUCAAAGCUACAGCUUUUAAGAAACUGAUUGGACUGGUCAACUUGUACCUGGCUGACAAUAACAUGGAAGCAGUUCCACAGAUCCCAGAGAAGGUUCGGAUUUUACAUCUACAGAACAACAACAUCACAGAUGUGAACAUAGACACCUUCUGUAGGUCCAAUGACACCUACUACCUUCGACCGAGCCUCAGUGAGGUCCGUCUGGAUGGAAACCCUGUAAUUCUCUCAAAGUACCCUGACAGUUUCACUUGUAUGCAAGUAUUGCCUGUUGGACGGUACCGAUGAAGAACCAGCAACAUUACUGUCGGCCCUUCAAAGCUGAUGGAACAGUUUUUUCCUCACCAAACAGCUGCAGGACACAGAAAAAUUCAAUUUUGUGCUGUCUGACAAUUGGACAAGAAAGUGUGACUUUUCAUGAGCCUAACAAGUUCUUUGGCAGUAAAUAGCUUAAUUAGCUUAAGUUCACCACUGAUGAAUAUAUUUUCCAAGUACAAACCUAUAUUAUAAUUCACUGAAUCACAAGCGCUACCUUAUUUCACAUUUCUACAGCUUUGUGCAGUGAUUUGCUAUUGUUUAAAUCUUUUAAGUAUUUCCAGUAUUACAUUUCAUUCACCCCUCUACUGUAAUGUCAGUAUUUUGUCACAGAGCUCCAGUUACAGCUUUAAUUUAUAAACACCACUUGUGUUGAAUUGAAGUAGGAAAGCAUUUAUCGAGAGGAAUGUAAAGAUUACUCUAUUAUUUAAUCAAUUUUUUGUAUCCUCAACUCUUCCCCCCAGUGAUAAAUGAUUACCAAUGUGUAUAGAAUAGUGACUGUACAGUAAUGUGUAUGUGA